UGUGUAAAAUGUCACUCAACACGCAGUCCCAUCCUCUUUGCUGAGAUCACAGCAUCAGCCCACAAUAAAAAAAGGUCCCAGAAAACAUUGAUUCACUGCAUUACAGAUCUUGGUAGUGGUGUGUUUCUACAGUGAGGUCUCAGCUACCUAACUGCAAGGCUUUAAUGGAAUUUAUCAUUGUGGUCUUCUCUGUCCUCUGACUGUGAGGUUAUUUUACCUUCGGUUAUUCUUCCAACACCUCUGCUGACUGCCAGAAAGAGGGGGCGUCUGGCACUGAUAUACUCCUCCGUGCAGCCAGCGCUGGGGUAAUGCUGGUGAGUAAGCAGCUGCAAGCUUGAUGUGCUUGCAUGUGUAUGAGACUGAACCAGGAUUCUUCUGAAGAAGCUUUAAGAUGAAAUUGCUGAGAAUUUUUGCCUGAAGCAAGGGAUGUUUCCCAUGUUUAAGACAAGCAGCAACCUGCCGGCAGAAGGAAGAAGGGACUGAAUUCACUCCAGAAGUAUUUCUCAGAGAUCUUUUUUCAAGGGACCAAAAGGAGGAGACAGUGAGAAGGCAAGAUGGUCCCACGAGCCUCUGCUGUCGGUGUGUGUUAUUUUCCUUUGGAACAUGAAUCUGAGGCUUCUCCGCGCUGACUGCGUCUGUGCUCCAUCUACUACCACACCCUGAAAUCAAACUCAGCAGCUUAGGUGAACCAGGCACUGUACAAACAUGUCAGACUUGCCUCCACCCCUUUUGCUUCUCCCGCUUUCUCCUGCCAUCUUUCUCUCCCAAGUUUAUCGGCGUGUCAGCGGAUCCCGGUGGCAGAGCAUUUCCACCUCACCUCUGGUUACAGAGCAAUGAAGAGCCAGGGUAUCUUUAUGCUGACUUUGAGUGGAUCUAGCACACAAGACAGUGGAGACUGAAGCCCCAUAUCCAAGCUUGAAGCUCUUUGGUGUUCUGGAUUAACAGAUAACUGCAGCCACUUCCUUUUAACCAUGCAUGCAUCCUUUGUGGCACAGUAGUAUCUGCAAAACCAUUUGAAACAAUGCAGUGACUCUCUGGACAUGGAACAGUGGUGUGUGCAUGUGUCAAAGAGGUGCAGUGCUCUAUGGCUUUGUACAUCCAGAAGAGGACACAGCUACAUCAGCUAUUUGAAAGCCGAUCCCUCCCCCUGCUCUGGAUCUGCUGGCUGUGGGAUUUUUUCUCAUGCUCACUGGCAGAUGUGACAGCUUUUGGAACUGUAUCAUCUAGGAACAGCUAUAUCUGGAGUUGAAAAAUCUAACGUGGUUUCCCAGGCAGCAGGAAUGGAUCGCUGAGAGAAUUUCAAUCUCCGACUGCUUUUGUCUUGUGGCACCAUGUUCCGCAAGAAGAAGAAGAAACGCCCUGAGAUAUCAGCUCCGCAGAACUUUGAGCACCGUGUCCACACUUCAUUUGACCCAAAGGAGGGCAAAUUUGUGGGCCUACCACCUCAAUGGCAGAACAUUCUAGACACGUUGAGGCGCCCCAAGCCAGUGGUAGACCCUUCAAGGAUCACCCGGAUGCAACUCCAGCCUAUGAAGACAGUGGUGAGAGGCAGCACCGUGGAAGUGGAAGGCUAUAUCUCUGGGAUACUCAACGAUAUCCAGAAGCUUUCUGCCAUCAGUUCCAACACUCUGAGGGGAAGGAGCCCCACCAGCAGGAGGAGAGCUCAGUCCCUUGGGCUCCUGGGGGAAGACAGACCCCCAGAUAUGUAUCUUCAGAGCCCUGAAGCAGACUGGGCAGACAGAUACGGAAACUACCUCAAUUGCAAUGGUGGGACCAAGGUGACUCGGAGGCAGACUAUGUGGCCUGAUUACAAACCCAGACUGGAUGGACAGUCUCAUCCCAACGGUAUGGUUACAAAAGCCCAGUCCCUUGGGCCUUCGGAGUUCCAGGGUGCCGAUGGCAGCUGCCUCCAGCGUGCCUCUGGUCUGCAGCACAUGCCUGCUCUGCCGGGGGAGAGCGACAAGAUGGGAAAAAAGAGCUCAGAAGAGUGCUGGCCUCAACCUUGUCUAGUACGACAAGCAAACUCCAGGCCCUCAGGAGAGGGCAGCCCUAGCUCCAAAUCAAGGGAGAACAGCUUGAAGAGGAGGCUGUUACGCACCGUGUUCCCCUCCUCCAGCAGCUCAAACAAGUCAGGCCCUUCCCUGCACAUAAAGCCUAAUGCUUUCUUCAGACCCCAGCAAUGGGGUUCACCCCACAGCCCCGCAGCCAAAGCCCAGUCUCUCCCACCAGAUCAGCCUGCGUCUGACUUCCCCAGGAUGAUUUCGGAAGCUGGAACUCCCCAGAAAUCCCCAACAACGGAGAAGGCGAUCACAGUGCCCCAAGGCAGGCCGUCACCAGCAGGGUCUCCAAGAAACCGUCAGACUCAGACGAGUUCCAGCAACCUUCACCUUCCCCAGGACUCUUCCGUGAAGGGGCAGCUGGCCAGUGAGGACCCAGUGGUUGUGACUCAUGAGCAGUUCAAAGCUGCCCUUAGGAUGGUAGUGGACCAAGGGGAUCCCCGGACAUUGCUGGAGAACUAUGUAAAGAUUGGUGAAGGGUCCACAGGUAUCGUCUGCAUUGCUCGAGAGAAGCACUCAGGGCGUCAGGUGGCAGUGAAAAUGAUGGACCUGAGAAAGCAGCAGCGCCGGGAGCUCCUUUUUAAUGAGGUGGUGAUAAUGAGGGACUAUCAACACGUCAACGUAGUGGAGAUGUACAAGAGCUACCUCGUGGGAGAGGAGCUCUGGGUGCUGAUGGAGUUCCUGCAGGGGGGAGCCCUCACAGACAUCGUGUCUCAGAUCAGGCUAAAUGAAGAGCAAAUUGCAACGGUGUGUGAAUCAGUGCUGCAGGCUCUUUCAUAUCUUCACUCUCAGGGGGUCAUUCACCGAGACAUUAAAAGCGACUCUAUCCUGUUGACACUGGAUGGAAGGGUCAAACUCUCAGAUUUUGGUUUCUGUGCUCAGAUCAGUAAAGAUGUACCCAAAAGAAAGUCCCUAGUUGGUACUCCUUACUGGAUGGCUCCAGAAGUUAUUGCAAGGGUACCAUACACUACUGAGGUGGAUAUCUGGUCUCUGGGAAUCAUGGUGAUAGAGAUGGUGGAUGGAGAACCCCCCUAUUUUAGUGAUUCUCCGGUCCAGGCAAUGAAGAGACUCCGUGACAGUCCGCCUCCCAGAAUGAAAAAUUUCCACAGGACUUCCCCAGUUCUGAGAGACUUCUUGGACAGGAUGCUGACCCGGGAACCACUAGAAAGAGCAACGGCACAAGAGCUUCUGGAUCACCCCUUUUUGCUCCAGACAGGACUUCCAGAGUGCUUGGUCCCCCUUAUCCAGCAAUACAGAAAGCGUACCUCUACCUGCUGACUUCACAUAAGGGGAGAAUACUAGGAAAAAGUAACACAAAUAACCAAGAGACCAGGCAGUCUUGUCCUGGCAAUGGUGCUCGGAACUUGUCAGUGAUCUUCUUACAGGAUGAAUGUGAAUAUUGUCCUUGCAGUCUUGGCCUUUGUGGCUUCUUUUUUGCUGAAGACAAUCAAUAUGUACUAGUUCCUAAUAAGACCAAGUAUGUCUCAAGAAUAAAGCAGGUAUUUCAUGACUUCUGGAUUGCUUCUUCCAAAGAAUGGCAUUUUUAUGCGGAGUCUGAGGUGGUGUAUCCAAAUGCCUGCAAGUUCCUGUAAACCUUGGCUGCUGACUACUGAACUGGAACAACAUUUCCCAGUUAGAAAUGUGAUCUUUGUUUUGUUAGUUGUACACUGGAGUCUUGAGCUGACCUAAAUGUACAUUUUGGGGCAUAGAUGCCUUUAAACUGUCCAACAAUGCACAAAGACUUAACAAUUUUUCUCUUCUGAGACUUUUUCCACAGAUGAUUUUAAUCUCCAGUUAAACAUGGACCUAGAAAACUGUACAUAUUUUCCUAGGGAGCAGAUGUGAUAUGUACAUAUUUGUUUUCAAACAGCUCUCUUGCGUCAACAUGCUUCUCUUUUGCUGAGGAAUAUGUAUGGUUUAGUGGUCAGUCUUGAAUCCAUUUCAUGAUCUUAAACUUUUGGAGGGAAAACCCUUGGAGGCAGGCCUCAGACUAGACUCUGUGAAGACAAUUGUUCUUGCCACCAGGAUUUUGUGGUUGAAAAUUCAUAAUAUGCAACACCUCCAGUGCUGUUUGGAAUGGAGACUCUGGGGAAGCUUGUUCCUAUUUGUGGUUUCCAGGCAGCUUUCUUUCUGAGUCCUUUCUCACAGGAGGGGCCAAGAAGUGCUGCCCUGAGAUAAAUGUGGGGCAGCACUUUGGGAAUGCUUUAGGGGACAGAAUGCAAACAUUUCAGCUGUCCUGCAUGUCCCAGGAGAGAUUUUUACGUUCAUGGUGAGGCUGUUUGUUCAGCCUUCAUCUCCCCUGCUUGCUGCUGCAGAACAUGGGGAAAAGGGAAACUUUUGAUGUAUGUUUUGUAAUUGGUAUCCCCUUCCCCACCACCCCUCUGCUGAUAUGUUCAGAAGGUUUCUGGUUGUCUAAGCAGCUCUGUUAUUUUUGAAUAGAUUUAGAUAUUUUGUAUGAUACAGUUUCUGAUCAGUGAGUUAGUUGAGGUAAUUGGACUCUAGGUCAGGAUGUAACGUUGUACAGUGAUGGUGUGCACUUUUGUGAGGUCUUAAGAAUAUAGUCUUAUAUGUGGAACUGGGAUCCCAUUUUGAAAAUCAGAUACAAAUUUAUUGGAAUUUAAGUUAUUCUUGGGACAGUUGUACUGUCUCAGAUACUAACCUCAUAACUGCAUUUUCUUCAGAAGAUGUAAAUAAUCUCUAUCCUCUGCUAUUUACUCCAGUUACAGAUCCUGCUUCAAAAUUGAAGCCACAGUUGAUUACUUGAAGUAAUUUGGGAUGGAAUUCAUCUGCACUGAUGACAGUCACCUAAAUGGUGGGCACCCAGACUGCGAAGUAUAUAGGUUGCCUCUGUAGACCAUGGAGAGAAGAGCGCCUCCAGAGGGUGAUUCAUCUCCAUCCUUUUAGACACCUGCUGAAGGAUGAAAUUGCUUUCUCUCGAUACCACUCUGCCUGUGGCCAGUAGAGGGAUCGUAGGUGGUUUGCCUAGACUGGAUGUCUAAGUUUGGGGCUGAUGAAGUUAAUUGAAAUGAAUUUGUUUAGCUCUUCCUUAGCUGCACUGGAAAGUUUUUGAUGUAAAAUGUUUCUGUAUUCCAGAUAUACUGCUUUUUUAUGCAAAAGAGCAGGGCUUUAAAGAUUUAUAAUUUGAAAGAAAUGAUCCUGCUCAUCUGUAGUUGUGAAUCCUUUGCACUUGUGUUUUAAAUUAAAGUAGAUCUUGAUUUAUUCACA